AUCGCUGCUUUUUUCCUCUUCCACAAGCUGUGUCCGCCCGUCCCCACACAACGACAAUGAAGUCCGCUUUCACUUCCCUCGUAGCCGUCGCCCUCUUCGUCGUCGCUGCCGUCGCUCAGAGCACGCUCACCGUCAAUACCCCGGCCAACGUUGUCGUCUGCCAGCCUCUCCAGAUCACUUGGAGUGGAGGAACCGCUCCCUACUUCCUCAGCGUUCUCCCCGGUGGUGACCCGUCUGGCUCUGCCCUCGAGGACUUCGGUCAACAGACCGGUACCUCUUUCACCUGGACUAAGGUUAACCAGCCUGUCGGCACUUCCCUCGGUCUCACUCUCCGUGAUUCCAAUGGUUUGACCGCCCAGUCUGCACCUUUCACGGUCAACAGCGGCUCGGAUACCAGCUGCUUGACUGCCAGCGCGUCUGCCAGCGGAACCGCCUCUUCCGCUUCCGCCAGUGGUACUUCAAGUUCGUCGGCUGCUGUGACUUCGUCUGCCGUAGGCAGCUCAUCUGUUUCUUCGGCUGUCGCCACUACGUCGACGACGCCGGCUACUACAGCCGCUUCGUCUGCAUCUGCGGCAUCUUCUGCUGCUUCCACUACCAGGCCGGCGAGCAGCGCCACGUCGUCCUCUGCGUCGCGCUCCUCCUCCGCUGCAUCUUCCGCGGCAUCUACAUCUGCGAACGCCGUUCCCACGCUUGCUGCGCGCUACGGCGCUGCUGGCAUUAUCGGCGCCGUCGUCGCCGCUGUCCUGGCCUAAACGAUAUCCCUUGGAUCGGGUUUGAAGUAGCAAAAGCUGAGAUAGGCAGGGAGGCGCGAGCAAUUCACCGUCCCCGUGUCCAUCCUGUGAACUUGCUUCUUGGACAUUCAGCUUUUUCCCGACGCCUUUGACAUUCCGACGCUCUGCGUCACGCCGCUCUUUUGUAGAAAUACCUUGGUUCUCAGAUAACGAGGAACGUUCGACCGCUUGCUUCUCAAUCUUUGUCUCUUCUAAUCUCCUCAUCCGCACCCGAGCGUCGGAUUUUUGUGUCUCCAUCUUCUCGUACUCUAUUACUGGAUUUUAUCCACUUUGUUGCCAUUCCUAACACCUUUAUAUUGUUUCAGUUUGGGCCUAGCUAUCUUCCUUGAGGCUUCGGAGGCUUUGUUUGUAUGUCCAUACCCACACAACGUAGCUCACGAAACGCACGCUAGGUUACGAAUGGAUUUUUGUUACGUCCCAUAUGUACGACGGCAUGACCUCAGGACAAUGACUGUCACGAAAGGACUCGCAAGGGAGCCGGUGAUCAUCCGC